AUGGUUAAAGAUGAGCCCACUGACGCCCAAAGCGAUGCCCGCUCCUUCCUGACUGAGGAGAUGAUUGCAGAAUUCAAGGCUGCUUUCGACAUGUUCGACACCGAUGGUGGCGGUGACAUCAGCACCAAGGAGUUGGGACAGGUGAUGAGAAUGCUGGGCCAAAACCCGUCAAGGGAGGAGUUGGAUGCCAUCAUUGAGGAGGUGGAUGAGGAUGGCAGCGGUACCAUUGACUUUGAGGAGUUCUUGGUCAUGAUGGUGCAACAGUUAAAGGAGGACCAGGCCGGAAAGAGUGAAGAAGAACUUUCGGAAUGCUUCCGUAUUUUUGACAAGAACGGAGAUGGUUUCAUCGACCGGGAGGAGUUUGGAGACAUUCUCCAUCUCACCGGAGAACCAGUCGUAGAAGAAGAUAUUGAUGAACUGUUUGGAGAAUCUGACAAUAACAAGGACGGAAAGAUUGAUUUUGAUGAGUUUCUGAAAAUGAUGGAGAACGUCCAGUAA